AGCUAAUAAAUCUAUGUUACAAGAUAACUGAAAUAAUAUAACAAACAAAAAAUCCAUGAAAUACAUUUUGGGCUCUGUUUACAACAGUGUCUGUUUUAUGUACCUAAGCAGAAAUGUGUGACAAUUCCAAAAAGAUUGCAUUGAAUUUGAACUUAUUUACUAAAUAGAGCUGAAAAUGUUCAGGCAGGAUAUUCCAUAGCCUGGAAGCAUGUUUGCAGAAAUGGACUGAAAUACAUGCAGUAAAUCAAGUCAGACUAGGGUAUUAUUACACAUAAGUCAGACUGAUGUGUACACUGAAUAAACAAAUUAUGCAUUUUUCAUGUAUUCUGCACUGAAAGACAAGAUGACAGUUUUUCAGAAAUUUUUGAGCAAGAUCUAUCGUUGCACUUUGAACUUUGUGUUUCAAAUACCCCAAAGUGCUCACAGUUCAGGUGCCACCACUUUGCCUUUCAAAAUGUUUUCCUUUAACAGUGUACUCGUAUAAACCCAUGGAAGCUAUAGCGUAUUGUACAAUGUCCAUAUCACAAGAAAUGUGAUCAGUUCAGAGGUUUUCAUAAUUUAUAUCACUUAAUUUUCUGUGAACAAUUUUCUUUUCCCACAAUGUUAUUGUGAAGAUAAUGCAUCACCUUGAACAUAUUGAUCUAGGCUAUAAUUUAAAUCUUUGAAUUAAGAUGAGUAAUCUGUGAUUAACCUUCAAAAAUGUGUAAUUAUUUUCUUAGUUUCUUUGACCUAAUGCUUGUUUCUGUUUUCCAGUGUGUAUUUUAAGCCCUGUCUUGGGGUCAUGGGUAAAGGGCUCACUCAUUUUUGUGGGUGGGUGUGUCCUGGCCAUGUUUAUAAUUUUCACUCUAAAAGAAUCUGGAGGGAGACCAGCACUUCCUGAUCUGAAGAUUGUGCUGGUGGGAAAGACUGGGGCAGGAAAGAGUGCAACUGGAAACACCAUCCUAGGGAGAGAGGUGUUUAAAGAGGGGCUUUCCCCUAACUCUUUGACCUUAAAGUGUGAGAAACAUAAUGAAGAGGUGGCAGGGAGGAAUGUUUCUGUAAUAGACACACCUGGGCUCUUUCACACAUCUCUUUCUAAUGAUGAAAUCAAUUGUGAAAUGGCAGAAGGCAUCAACCACUUCUUCCUAAUAGUGACCAGGUUGGGGAGAUUCACAGAGGAAGAGAGGGUCAUUUUAAAAUGGAUCCAUGAUAAUUUUGGGGAAGAAUCUUUGCAGUACUCAAUGGUGCUUUUCACUGGAGGAGAUCAGCUGAGUGCACCAAUAGAGGAGUUUUUGAGAGAAAGCAGAAGUCUUCAGGAAGUCGUCAACAGUUGUGGUGGUGGAUAUCACAUCUUCAACAACAAAGAGAAGAACAACCGAACUCAGGUCACAGAACUGCUGGAGAAGAUUGAGGCAGUUCUGCUCAAAAUGACAGGAUACCAUCAUGCCACUAUGAUGAUCCAACAGGCUCAAAGAAAGAUACAAGCGGAGGAGGAGAGAAAGAGGACGAAGAUGCGUUAUGAUCAGAUAAUAUCAGUACUAAUGGUAGCAAUUGGAAUAAUUGUUCCUGCAGCAGUAUUUGGAAAAUAUACAAUCCAAAAGAUACAAGUGGAGGAGGAGAAAAAGAGGGAGGAAGCUGAGAGAAAGAUCAGGGAAGAGGAGGAAGAAAAGAGGAAGGAGAGUGAGAGAAGGUUCAGGAUAGAGCAGGUGAGGCUGAGGAAUUUAGAGAGAGAGAUCAGAGCAGAUAACGAGAAUGAGAAUGGAUGUUUUAUUGGUUAGGAUAAAAAAUACACCCAACAGAUACACGUCAAGGAAGAGAAAAUGAGAGAAGAGUCAGAGAGAACAAUCAGAAAUGUUACACAGAAAAAGGAACAGAUUUAUGUCAGUGAGAUGAGAUGGAAAAAAUAAUAAGGAAUUCUACAGUUUAUAGAGAACAAAACAAAGAGGUCCAAAAACCAGCAGGGUUAGUGCAGGAAUGUUGUACAGUUUUAUGAAAAUCAAAUUGUUUCAGUAUAAAAUUUUAAUUUAAUAUUCAUUAAUAUUGUGCACUUGUAAAUUUAAAUUCAGGCAGUAACCUGCUUGUACACACAGGUCAUCAACAAAAAAAAAUGCCCCCGAGUCCGACAGUAAAUCUCAAGCAAAUAUUUAAACAGGAAAACUGAACGCAAAACCGAAGUGCAAACUGAAUACAGAACAUUACCCUGCGAACAGAACUCCUACUGCAUGGUGGUUGGCGGUGACGUUGUGACAUCAUAGUUAUGCUUCUGUGUAGCAGGAACUGGUAAGCUUGUUAUCAAAAGACUCAAAGCUGCUGUAAUUGAUGCCCGAGGUACACCUACCAACUGCUGCCUCAGAGGCUUGGAUACUUGAACAAUCAACAUCUUUCCAAUUUGGAUUUUGCCAUUAGUUUUCUUGCAUUCAGGUUUCAGUUUUGAGAAUGGACACAAACACCUGUGGAUUUUUUCCGAUAUGACGCAAGAGUGAAACUUGAGUUUUUUUUUCUCCUAUCACUCAUAGAUAAAAACUUUUAAGUGGUAUGGUAUGAGGUGGUACGAGGGUACACAAAAGAAAAAGUGGGCAAAUACUGAUAGAUUUGAUACUAUAUGUUGUGGUGGAGGCUUUUCAUUUAUUUUCUGUUAAAUAUCUGUUUCCUACAUAAUUGUGUGAAACUAAAAAAAAUUAUUUGCUCUGGCUGAUUUGACUGGAAAUUGAAUAAACAAAAUAGUGGCCUCUG